ACGAGGAACACUUGAAGGCGGCGCCAGCGCGACUGCCACGUCAAACGUGACGUAGCAGGAGGUGUAGUCCGGGUAGUAGGCGUCGCACCCAGACCCUGACACGGUACACAGUUACUGGCAUUAAUGCUUUUAAAGCAAAGAGGAGCGUUUGUAAGAGUCUGGGACAGUUGAUCAAAGACACAAUCGAUCAUGGACCCGUACCCAAAGGAACUCUCCCAGAGAUUGGGUAAAGCUGGCCAGUCUCACCUCCUGGAUUUCUGGAGUCAGCUGAGCCCCCAGGAACAGGCUGACCUAACAGAAGAGCUGAAGGACAUGGACUUUGAGGAGAUCAACAGUUUCUUUAAGAAGGCCAUGGAAACGUCCAACAACAACAAAGACGAGAAGAUGGACGGACGCAUGGAGCCAGUGCCCCGGGAAGUGCUGGGGAGUGUGACGAGGGACAAGGAGAGUCUCAAAGACUGGGAGAAAGAAGGUUUUUACCGCAUCUCUCAGAGUAAAGUAGCAGUUCUGCUGCUGGCCGGGGGCCAGGGAACUAGACUAGGGGUCUCUUACCCCAAAGGCAUGUAUGACGUGGGACUGCCAUCCCACAAAACCCUCUUUCAGAUCCAAGCUGAACGCAUUUUGAGGCUGCAACAGCUGGCUGAGCAGAAGCACAACAAGAAAUGCUGUAUACCCUGGUAUAUCAUGACCAGUGGGAGGACAAUGGAGUCCACAAAGGACUUCUUUCUAAGACAUAAGUACUUUGGCUUGGACAAGGACAACGUCGUCUUUUUUCAACAGGGGAUGCUACCAGCCAUGGAUUACCAUGGCAAAAUCAUCCUGGAGGGCAAAGGGAAGCUCUCCAUGGCCCCUGAUGGGAAUGGGGGUCUUUACAGAGCGUUGGGGAACCAGGGUAUCUUGGAUAACAUGGAGAAGAGAGGAAUCGAGUUCAUCCAUGUGUAUUGUGUAGAUAACAUUCUGGUCAAAGUGGCAGACCCCGCCUUUGUUGGCUUCUGUGUGCAGAAGCGAGCAGAUUGUGGAGCUAAGGUGGUGGAGAAAACUAACCCGACGGAGGCAGUGGGGGUGGUCUGCAAGGUGGAUGGGCACUACCAGGUGGUGGAGUACAGUGAGAUCUCCCUGCAAACGGCCCAAAAGCGCAGUGAUGAUGGUCGACUGAUGUUUAAUGCGGGAAACGUGGCCAAUCAUUUCUUCAGCUUUUCCUUCCUUAGAGAUAUAGUAGAGAGGUACGAGCCAAAGCUGCAGCACCAUGUGGCCAGAAAGAAGAUCCCAUACGUGGACAAACAGGGUCAACUCAUCAAACCUGAAAACCCAAAUGGGAUUAAAAUGGAAAAGUUUGUCUUUGACAUCUUCCAGUUCGCCAAGACAUUUGUUGUGUACGAGGUGCUGAGGGAGGACGAAUUCUCACCUCUGAAGAACGCAGACAGUCAGGAUGGAAAGGACACGCCCACAACAGCCAGACACGCGCUGAUGUCGCUCCACCACUGCUGGGUGCUCAACGCUGGGGGCCACUUCAUCCACAAGGAUGGCACGCAUAUGCCGGCCAUACCAAGAGACGGAGCAGCAGGGAGUGUCACAGAUGAUGACAACACAACUCUGAAGGACGGAACAGACCUGCCCAUCAAAUGUGAGAUCUCCCCACUGGUGUCCUAUGGGGGAGAGGGUCUUGAAGACUUGGUGAAGGGAAAGAAGUUUAAACCAACCCUGACGAUUGACGAGCAAGGAGUCCAUGAGUUGGUGAAGAAUGGAGUUUAGACAGAAAACAAGAAACGACGACCCAGAGAGAGAAGACCAAUGUGUGCGGGUCUCUCGUUUGUUUGAAGAAACUGUGAUGUCAUCGCUGUGCAAUAACUAAUGUAGCAUGCAUGUGUCCACGAUAGAAUCUGUCCCAUCCAAAGUGAAUGAAAGCAAAGAUGAAGUGUCUUGCUUACCUUUUAGCACCAGGUUUUCUUUGGUCUGUAUGUUGAUGUCAUACAUACUGUAGUUUGAACACAGAAUGAGAUGAAGGAUAAAACAAUCGUACUGACUGGAUGAAGCAGUCUUCAGGUGCAUCUAUUUAUUUUGCCUAUGAGACUUAUUUUUAUAUGUACUGAUAGAUGCUCUUUAGGUGGGAAUGGCCAUCUACUUGUCUUACCUGGUGAUUUUUAUACAACAGUGGACUAAGAUUGAAUAAUCAGAACAUUUCUUCUUAGCAUGUAAUCACAGUACAUGGUACUGGCUGUGGGGGGUAUUUAUAACAUUUGCUUAUUUUCUGCCUGUAAUCAUUGAAGAUUCGUUAUCAUUCAGAUUUACCAGACUGUUAAUUUUGUUAAAUAAAUCUCCUCCUUGGAAAA